AAAUCAAACGCCAGCCACCAGGGGGGAGGGACUUCUCCCUCCUGUCUUAAAACCCUUUGCUUUCAAAACACUAAGGCCAACUGUAAUAUGAUUCCUGGACCGUAUAUCCUGUAAGACGUGGGCAUGCAUUUGCAUUGCACUAAUUUCCUUUGCAGCUUGGAAAGAGAGAGGGAGAGCGCGCGGCGUGGAGGCUCAAAGUGGAGAAACUCCUCCAGCAGCCAGUGCCACAUCACUAUUCUGACUGCACAUAAAGGAGCUCCAGCAUGCUUCUGAAGCUCCUGCUGUUUCUUGGUGCCCUGGUUAGGGUCACCGAGCCUGCCCCACGCUGUGAACCCGGCCAGGAAACCUUAGGACAAUGCCAAACAGGAGAAAAAGCAAAAUGCGUGGACAUCACCUUAAGCUCUUGUAGUGAUGUUUCCUACACCAAAACAAUGUAUCCUAAUUUGCUGGAUCAGAAGUCCAGAGAAGUGGUUGAACUCAGCUCCGAAUAUAUUCUCAUGAGUGUGCUACACAACUUGCUUCAGGGAGAAUGUAAUCCUGAUCUGAGACUCCUGAGCUGCUCAAUACUGGCUCCACAGUGUGAAAAAGACAAAAUGAUAAAGCCCUGCAGGCACGUCUGUGAAAACCUGAGAAAAAAUUGCCUUCCUGCAUUUGACACAAUAGACAUGGCUUGGCCCUACUUCUUAGACUGUGAUCGCUUCUUUGCUGGUGAAGAAGAAGGUUGUUUUGAUCCACUGGCAAAGCUACGAGGGGAGCCAGAAUUAGCUGAGGAAGAUUUACUUGUGGAGGUGCCUACAACUUUAAUUCAGUUCACCCAUCAUUCGUAUUCCAAAAUGGUGAGCAUUUUGAAGAAGACUGCUUCUAGGUGCUCCCACAUUGCAAGAACUUACAGCAUUGGCCGUAGCUUUGAAGGGAGAGACCUUUUUGUGAUUGAGUUUUCAACUAAUCCUGGACAUCAUGACCCGAUGAAGCCAGAAUUUAAGUAUAUUGGAAACAUGCAUGGAAAUGAAGUUGUUGGGAAAGAAUUGUUAAUAUACCUUGCACAAUACUUGUGCUCUGACUAUCUCCUUGGGAACCCCAGGAUCCAGACUUUGAUAAACAACACUAGAAUUCACCUUCUGCCUUCGCUGAACCCAGAUGGGUAUGAACUUGCUGCAGAAGAGGGAGCUGGUUACAAUGGUUGGAUUAAUGGACGUCAAACUGCUCAGAACCUUGAUCUUAACAGAAACUUCCCUGACUUGACAUCUGAAGUUUACAACAGAGCUGGGCUCCGAUGGGCACGCCUAGACCACAUCCCCAUUCCACAAUCCUAUUGGGAGGGUAAGGUAGCACCAGAGACAAAAGCAGUUAUGAAGUGGAUGAGGGCUAUACCAUUUGUAUUGUCUGCCAGUCUCCAUGGAGGUGAAUUAGUUGUUACCUAUCCUUAUGACUUCUCAAGGCAUCCACUGGAAGAGAAAAUGUACUCCCCUACUCCUGAUGAGAAGAUGUUCAGAUUGCUGGCUAAAGCAUAUGCAGGUGCACAUCCAAUCAUCUCAGACAAAUUGGAAGCCCGUUGUGGUGGAAACUUCGUUAAACGAGGAGGCAUUAUAAAUGGUGCUCAGUGGUACAGCUUUACUGGAGGUAUGGCAGAUUUUAAUUACCUUCACACAAACUGUUUUGAAAUCACCUUGGAGCUGGGAUGUGAAAAGUUUCCUUUGGAGGAGGAACUGUAUUCAGCCUGGCAUGAAAACAAAGAAUCCCUUCUGACUUUUAUGGAAAUGGUACACCGUGGGAUAAAGGGAAUUGUGUCUGAUAAAUUUGGUAACCCAAUAAAAAAUGCCCGAAUUUCAGUCAAAGGGAUCCGACAUGAUGUUAUCACAGCUGCCGAUGGAGACUAUUGGAGACUCCUACCUCCGGGAAGAUACAUAAUCAGUGCUCAUGCUAUCGGAUACAGCAAGGUGAUGAAGAGGGUCACUCUGCCUGCCAAGAUGAAAAGAGCUGGGAGGGUAGAUUUUGUCCUUCGAUCUCUAGAUACAAAGCCUAAACAUUUUCUCCGAGGGCCCAUGGAAGACAUAUAUGAGCGAUACGACCCAUUGGAACAUUUCGAUCCUCAUGCCCAACAUGCACAGUCUGAACCAAGAGAAGAAAGAGGGCAGCCUACACGGCACAAUGAGAAGCCUUGGUGGUGGUCUUACUUCAGCUCUCUAGGCCAACAUAAACCACUGUGGUUGCUCAAACAGCGUUAAGUCAGAUCAUUGUUCUGCUCACCUUAUUAUGACACUGUUCCAUCAAAAUCCUAAUACCCUGAUUGCUAAUGGCAAUAUUUAAAUCUGUUUAAUUUGGAAAUACAGUGUUAACUCAAUAUCACUUUCUGUAAUUCUUUUUUUUUUCUCUUUUCACAGAAUUGACUAUAUUCAAGUACUUAUAUAUAUUAAAAAAAUAGUACGCAUUUGUUCAAAGGCCAGGUUCUAUUCAGUUUCCUAGUAAUGUGCUUUCUUUAUGCCCAUGCAGUUAAUCAUCAGAUUUAUUAUUUAUUAGAUUCUAAAGUACCUGCAGAGGAAUCUUCCUGAUCUUUUAAUGCAUUUUCAUACAUGUCUUAUCACAUUAAUUAUUGCAAACUGAAAACAACUUUUAGGAAAAUUUGGAAAAGCCUUUUCUUCUUUAUACAUUAUUUCUGCAUACUAAGUUUAGUACAUUAAAUCUUCCAACAUAGAUUUAAAUGAUUUUAGAGAAAAAAAAAUUUCAUUUGAUCUCAGCAUUACUUUUUAGAAAAGACUCACUAGAAAUGAGAAAUAUGGAAAGAAGAAAUCUGUGUUUCUGAAUUAGGAACAUUUACAAUAGGAUGAGCUACUUGUGAAAGAGUCAGUUCUUAAUAAAGAAACAUAUUGAACAAA